AUGGAUCGUUUUGUCUGCAUCACCCAUCCCAUUUCUGAUACAGGCAAAUUCUAUCUUCCCGUUACACAAGCUGGUGUAGUGAACAGCCUGGUAUACAUUGUCUCUGCCGUGGCUAGUCCACUGUUCGGUGCCGCAAUCGAUUUCACCGGGCGUAAUGUGAACUGGGUUCUGGGCAGUGUUCUGCUCACCCUAGUCUGUCACAUGUGUUUCGCAUUCACCUCUGGCGGUCUACCACCGAUGGUGAUCAUGAUCACAAUGGGAAUAGCCUAUUCCGUCCUGGCAAGCAGUUUGUGGCCUCUGGUUGCCUAUCUGUUACCGGUACAUCAACGUGCCACUGCCUACGGACUAAUCCAGUCCAUUCAGAAUUUGGGAUUGGGUGUGAUCUCUAUUUUUGCCGGUUAUCUGGUCGAUAAUAAACUAUUCUGUUCUAUGCGUGGCAAAGCCUAA